AUGCCUCAACUGGUCGAACCAGCUAACCUCCCCCCUGCUCCAUUUAAUGGAUCCACGUCUGUCUUCGUCAACACCACCAUCCGCCAAACUAUCCAGGUUUCAUUAGAAGCACAAGAGUUUCGUCUUCGCCUGUCCAACUCAUUCGGUGUGAAUCAACUCAAUAUCACCAGCGUGACUGUUGGUUUGCCAGCAACACAGCAAGCAGGGACUAGUGUUGCGCAGUUUGAAUCGUUGAGACCAGUUCGUUUCAGUGGAAACCCGAGUGUUCUGAUUGCCAAUCGCGGACUGGCAGUGUCUGAUCCAAUUAAACUUCCCAUAAAGGCUAGAUCUAUUCUCAUUAUCAGCAUUUAUCUUGAAAACGGACAGGAGGGGUUUGCUAUUACGGGCCACCCGGGGAGUAGGACUACCUCAUACUUGACCAUUGGGGAUUGGACCGGUGCACGAAAUAUUACGGACUCGUCUGCUCAAACAACGGAUCAUUGGUAUCUCAUCAGUGGAGUGGAGGCUUGGCUUCCUUCUCGAUCCAGUGGCUUCGUGAUUAUCGGAGACAGUAUCACCGAUGGCCGGGGAAGCACUACAAAUGCAAACAAUCGUUGGCCGGAUUUGCUUUUGAAAAAAAUGCAGAAACAUGACUCCACGUCGAAUAUUGCGACCCUCAACCAAGCGGCUGGAGGAAACCGCAUUCUCCAAGAUGGCCUCGGUCCCAGUGUACUCAGCCGUAUUGACCGAGAUGUGCUAGCGCAAUCAGGUGUGCGGUAUGCCAUGAUUUUCGAAGGUGUGAACGAUAUUGGUGUCGGGAGCACCGAUGCUGUCUCACAGGCCGAGAUAGACAAAAAACUUGUGGCAGCAUAUAAACAGAUCGUGACACGGAUACAUGCUUUAGGUAUCCCUGUUUUUGGUGCUACCAUUACUCCGUUCGGCUCACCCUCUACCUCUGAUUAUAAACAGCCCUAUUCGGAUCCGGGGCGUGAGAAGACUCGUGAACGAAUCAACGCGUUUAUCCGGGAAAGCGGCAUAUUUGAUGCCGUGCUUGACUUCGAUCGAGUACUGAGAGAUCCACAAGCCCCGUCUCAGCUGUUGGGGAAGUAUGACUCGGGUGAUCAUCUGCAUCCUAAUGUUGCGGGAUAUCAAGCUUUGGCAGAUUACUUCCCUCUUGAUAUCUUCUCGGGUUCAGUUUGA